UUUGAAGGUGACAUGAUUAGUCACUCCAAUGCCCCACGCCGUUCCCCUCUUCUUCCACACACCACAACACACCAAUCACUAUCACCAUUAUUAUUAUUAUUAUUAUAAACAUUAAAGCACAUAACUGUUUCUUUAUUUUAGUUAUUUAUUUACCAACACAUUUAUGGAGUUUUAUCUCAAUCAAAUUAAACAGUACAAAAUUAGAUUAUCACCUAACCCUUUCAAGUCUUUCAACCCACUUAAAAGUAGUUUAAUUAUUUGAUCUAAAUAAUCAAAAACUCAAAAUUCAAAUUUCUACCCUGAUACCCGUACGUAUCCAUACCCAGAUAUCCAUAUCCGUAUCCGUAUUCGUUUCUUCUGCCAUUGAACAGCCAGAGGAAGAAGAAGAAGAAGUAUCAUCAUAUUGCUUGUCAACUACGGCUAUUUUCUGUUUGCCUUUAUAAUCAUAAUUCCCAUUAUUCUUAUUCUUUACUUUUUUAGCCUGCCUUUUCUUCCUCUUUCUGUCUACUUACAUCAUAAAAGGCGUUAGACUUUCAUGAUUAUGGUGUUUUUUCAACUCCAUGUCUCUUCAACUUCUUCAACUUCAUCCAUGGCUUCCCCUUUUUCUGUAAAUGCUUUCUCAGAUACAAAGAACAGGUUGUAUAUGUACAGAAUUUUGAUAGGAGUGUCUCUAAUUUGCUUCACUUACUUCAUUGGAACUGCUUUAGUUGCCAAAGAUUACAGAGAAAGAAUAUCAAAAUGGCCAAUGGAAAUGAUGGGUUCUGCACAUAAACAAAAAUCCAAUUUUUGUAAGAAUCAAUGUAGGCCCCAAGGAAGUGAAGCAUUGCCUGAGGGAAUUGUUGUCCAGAAAUCCAACCUGGAAAUGCUACCCUUAUGGGAUUCCUCCUUAACCAAGGUGAACUUGAAGCCUUCUUUAAACUUGUUGGCAAUCGCAGUAGGAAUGAAGCAACGGGGGAUAGUAAAUAAAAUCGUCGAAAAGUUUCUUUCGUACGACUUUGUUGUCAUGCUCUUCCAUUACGAUGGCAUUGUCGACAAAUGGAGUGAGCUCAAGUGGAAUGAUCGUGUGAUACAUAUUUCCGCUAAGAACCAAACAAAAUGGUGGUUUGCCAAGCGUUUCUUGCAUCCCGAUAUAGUGGCCGAGUAUGACUAUAUAUUCUUAUGGGACGAGGACCUUGAUGUUGAACAUUUUGAUCCGAAAAGGUACAUCAGCAUCGUUAAGAGUGAAGGACUAGAGAUAUCACAACCAGCUCUUGAUCCUGUUAAGUCCGUCGUUCACCACCCAAUCACAUCUCGUAAUAAAAAUGGAAGAGUACAUAGAAGAUAUUACAAAUCAAAAGGAAGUGGAAGAUGUGAUGAAAACAGCACUGCCCCUCCAUGCAUAGGCUGGGUAGAAAUGAUGGCACCAGUCUUCUCUAAAUCGGCUUGGCAAUGUGUGUGGUACAUGAUCCAGAAUGACCUGAUACAUGCUUGGGGCUUGGAUAGACAACUCGGUUAUUGUGCACAGGGUGAUAGAACCAAAAAUGUUGGUGUAGUGGAUUCUGAAUACAUAGCUCAUCUUGGACUACCUACACUUGGUGUCAUAGACCAAAACAAGGAGUUAUCAAAGCCCGUAAGAGUUGAUAAUCGAUCUGCUGUGAGGAGACAAUCAUUCAUUGAAAUGAAGAUGUUUAGUGAAAGAUGGAAUGAUGCAGUGAAGAAUGCAAAGUGUUGGACUGAUGUAUACAACAAAACUGAAGAACAAAGUAAGUUAUAAGUCAAUUUUGAGUUGCAAGAAGCCAGCCAUAUGUACAGGCAUAUACAUAUACACAUUUUUUGUAUUGCGUCGUCUUUCUUGGGUCGUGAUUUAUUACUGUACAUAUUAUUUUAUUUGAUCAUGUCAUGUGUAAAAGAAAACAAUUAAGUAAGAUUUUGUUGGAUUCUUUUUGCUUGUAUAGUUUUAAAUAUUUUUAUUUUUUAAA